UAGACAUCCAUUAACAGCUGAUACUGUUGUCAGUUGUGUUGAUAAUGCGAAUCAAAUCUAAAGGAUUUUUCAAUCAUUUAAACUGAAAAGUCUUCAUAACGUCCAAAAAAAUGUCGCAAAUGUAAUACGAAAGUGAAACCGUUAUGAAAAUGGUAUAAUAGUUAUUAUAUACAUUUAUUCGAAGGUUAUCUGUUAACGUGAGGUGCUUAACCUCAAACUUGCCCUAGAAAUUUUUUUUAACAUAAAAAAAGAGAAAAUGAGCAAAAAUGACUGGAACGGGCCGGGUCCUGUUCCGAACCGGUGGCUGAAAUGUCCCAGAAAAGCCGACAGGUUAAUUGUGAAUAAAUUUAUCGCCUUGAAGACACCACUUAGUACGGAUUUUGAUGAUCAAGUGCCUGCCGAGUGCAGAUUUCAUCCAAAAAUGUUUUUUGACAUAUGCAAAGCGAAAAAAAUGAAAGUAGGGCUGUGGAUAGAUCUGACCAACACAAAAAGGUUUUAUGACCCAGCCGAAGUGGAAGCACAUGAUUGUAGAUAUAUUAAGUUACAAUGUAGGGGACACGGCGAGACUCCGUCGGAUGAACAAGCAAAGAGAUUUAUUGAAGUAGUCCAUAAUUUUAUUAUAAAAUAUCCAUUGGAACUGAUCGCCGUGCAUUGCACUCAUGGUUUUAACAGAACUGGAUUUUUAAUUAUAAGUUACUUAGUUGAAAGAAUGGAUUUGAGCUUAGAUAUUGCCUUACAAACAUUUGCCGAAGCUAGACCUGUCGGAAUAUAUAAGCAAGACUAUUUAACAGAAUUAUACAGGAGAUAUGAUGAUAUCGAUGAUGCUCCUCUGGCUCCUGAUUUGCCAGAUUGGUGUCUGGAAUUUGACGAUUCCAAUGAGAAAGAUAAUGAACAAGUCAAGGAAUUUGAACCUUCCACUUCUGAUCAGUCCAAUAAUUCGUCUGCUCCCGUUCAGCAACAGCAACGAAAAAAGAGUAAAAAAUCAAAUGUUCAAUUUAUGGAUGGUGUACCAGGAGUAACACAUUUCAAUGAACAACCCAAAGCUCACAAUUUACAGAAAAAGGUGCAAAGCCUGUGCGGAUGGAAAACAAAAGGCUUUCCGGGCUGUCAGCCAGUUUCUAUGGAUGUGAAUAAUAUCAGUUUAUUAAGUAUGAAACCUUAUAGGGUGUCCUGGAAGGCGGAUGGAAUGAGAUAUAUGAUGCUAAUAGACGGAGAAAACGAAGUGUACUUCUUUGAUAGAAAUCACUCGGUGUUCAGGGUGGAAGGCCUGAAGUUUCCCAAUAGAAAAAACUUAAGAGGGCAUCUAAAAAACACGUUACUAGACGGCGAGAUGGUGAUAGACAAGGUGGACGGCGAAGACAUCCCGCGUUACCUGGUUUACGAUAUAGUCGCGUUCGAGGGGCAAGACGUGUCGAAAAUGCCCUUUUACCCUAAAAGGUUACAAUAUUUGGAGUACGAGAUUAUUAAGCCGCGAUACACGGCCAUGGAACAGUCGAUUAUUAAUAAAAAUCUGGAACCGUUUAGCAUUAGGAAGAAGGACUUUUGGCCGAUCACGCAGGCGCACAGUUUGUUGGGCGAGAAGUUCGCCAGGAGUCUGAGUCACGAGCCCGACGGGUUGAUUUUUCAACCUUCCAAUGAGCCGUAUGUAGCCGGUAGAUGCGACGAGGUGCUAAAAUGGAAACCGUUAGACCUGAAUUCCGUAGAUUUCCGCUUAAAAAUCGUAAAAGAAAACGGGUUGGGCCUGGUGGGCGAAAAAGUCGGUUUUCUAUACGUGGGCGGUUUCGAUUACCCCUUCGGCAAAAUGAAGUACACGAAAGCCCUCAAGGAUUUGGACGGGAAAAUUAUCGAGUGCAAAUUGGAAAACGAACAGUGGAAAUUCAUGAGGGUGAGAACCGAUAAGACGUUCCCUAAUAGUUACGAUACCGCACAGGCCGUUUUCCAUAGCAUCAAAAAUCCUGUUACGAAAGAGAAACUGCUGCACUACAUUGAUCAUUAUAAAUAUGAAAAUGACGCGGAAAUGAUGCCACCCCCGGCGAAGAGAACGAAACGGUGAUUGGAUUAGAACGAUUGUUUAAAAAAAAAAACUCGUUUUAUGAAGAAAAUCUUAAUUUAUCUUAAUUUUUAUUUUAUGAAAUAUGAAUGGUUGAAUCUGUAUAGCAAGAGAACCACUUUGAAUAAAAUAAUAUAAAUAAA